AGGAGCCUUCAGCACUCCCGUUUCAGGUCUCCGUGGACGGACGGGUGAAGUUUGUUCCCUUUUGACGUUGACGCUGUGGAUUGUACGUAUUUCAUGCCUUGUCCUUGUCCUUGUCCUUGUUGCUUUCAGCCUGCCUGCCUGCCUGCCUGCCCCUGUUUACUUGCAUGUCAGACAAGGAUGCCCGCGUCGUGGAGGUUACCUAGUCCUGUGAAUGAUUCCUUCGUGCUAAUUGACGGCCUGUGUCUACAGACAUGUACUUCCCUUGAGUGGUCGAACUGAAACUGAACUGAACUGAGGAUCGGAACAGCGGAGGACUGUAUAUUCACAAGCAAGCAAGCAAUCAAGUUGUGCCUUGAUCGAUCCUUAUAAACGCAAUGGCUACUGAAGAUGAUAACUUCGAUAUUGACAUCUAUGGCGAUGGGGGUGGCUACAACGCCAAUGACCAGGGCGACUACAAGCCCGAGGACGAGACCAAGCAGGAGGACACAGACCUUAUCCUAGACGCUCCGGACUCGACGAGCCCCAACCAGGGCGACGGCUCCUCCGACGGCACGUUGAAGCCCGACAGCGAGGCGGCCGGCCCCCAUAGUGAACAUGUAACACAGCCCGACGCCGCCAGCCAGCCCCCGGCCAAGGAGACCCCGGCGCCCCAGCAGGCCCAGCAGGGGGUGAAACGCAAGGAGCUCGACGACCGCCCGACAGACCCGGAUGCCACGCCGGCGCUGCUGAUAUCCGACCUGUACUGGUGGACCACGGACGACGACAUCCGCGGCUGGAUCCGCCAGGCCGACGCGGAAGACGAACUGAAGGAUGUAACAUUCAGCGAACACAAGGUGAAUGGUAAAAGCAAGGGGCAAGCGUUUCUCGAAUUCACCACCCUCCAGGCCGCAUCGGCAGCCAAGCACCAGAUCGAGUCGUUCGGCGCGGGUGGCCAGCGCAAGCACAUGGUCACGUACACCAGCCCGCAACCGAACCCGUUCCGCACACUGCCCAAGGACGCGCCGAUGCGCAAAGACAACCAAUCGCGGUCGAUGUCCGGCGGCUACAAUGCGUCCAACAACAUGAACUUCGGCAUGAACAACAUGGGUGGCGGCGGCGGCGGGGGGUUCCGGGGCGGACGCGGCGGGUUCAACAACCGCGGCGGCGGCGGUGGCGGCGGCGGCAUGUCCGGGAACAUGGGCAACUUCGGCGGCAACCGCAACUUCCAGAACCCGAUGGGCGGAUUCCCCAGCAAUCCGAUGGUCGGGGGGUUCCAGGGCAAUCCGAUGGGCAUGCAGAACUACGGCUUCAACAACCGCGGGAACAUGAUGGGCGGGGGGAUGCGCGGUGGACCCGGGGGCAUGCGUGGGCGCGGCGGCGGUAUGCCGGCCAUGAACCCGAUGGGCGCGAUGGGGAUGAAUCCGAUGGGUGGCAUGGGGAUGAACCCGAUGUCUGGCGGGAUGAACCCGAUGAUGGGACAGAUGGCCGGCAACAUGGGGAUGCAGGGUCAAGGAUUCCAGGGCCCCAAUGCGGCGUUCAACCAGGGCUUCUUCCCUCCCAACCAGGGCGUUGGUGAUGGGUCGUGGAACCCUCACGGCGCGAAGCGCAGUCGGCAGGAGUAGAUCUCUCUGCUGGCCACUUCAUCCUUCACUCUUUCUCAUUCCCUCUUCCUCCUCCUCUCCCUCCUCCCUC